AUGGGUUCAUCUCACGAUGGCGCCCUUGGAAUCACGUUCAAGGUCGUCCGUGUCCUUCAAGCGGUCUGCUUGAUCUCGGUCAUCGGCAUGACAGCCAACUUCAUUUCGGACAUGGUCAAGUCCAGCAUUACUCCACCCCAAGUGCUCGUCGGCACACUAAGCGUGACAUGCAUUGCUACCCUGUACUGUGCAGUUACUUUCAUCCUCUAUCUGGACGGGAUCCUCCCUCUCAUUGCCUCUGCAGGGAUGGACGCCCUUCACUUGAUUGCUGUAAUCGUGAUCGCAGUUGUUGUUGGGAAGCCACUCUCCUAUCUCAACUGCGAAUUGAUUGGCAAAGUUACUGAAUCCUCCGGUUUUGCCUUCACCACGGCCUUGCUGAAAAAUCUUGACAAGGACGGUGGUAAACUGGGUUACAGCCACUGGGUCGGAGCUUCCAAGGGAUAUUGCCUUGAGAUGAAAUCUAUUUGGGGCCUUAGCAUAGCUCUUUGCGACAUGCAUGAUCUUCUUGUGGCGCCAGUCGCAGGAGAGGGACCCAAAAGAUAUCGAGAAAUGAAGUCUAGGAGGGUGUAG